UAUGGCGGUGGUGGGAGCGCUACUGCUCGUGGCGGCGGCGGUGGUCUUGUUCCUGGCGCGGCGCUGGGAGUGCAAGCGGGCGAUCGCAUUCUUCCAUCCCUACACCAACGAUGGGGGCGGCGGUGAGCGCGUCCUGUGGUGCGCCGUCCGGGCCGUCCAGGAGAUGUUUUCCGAUGUCCCUUGCGCGAUCUACACUGGGGAUGAGGCUACGCCCUCGUCACUGGCAGCUCGAGCAUGGGAGAAAUUCGGUGUCAAGCUCCAUUCGCCUCCUCAGGUUGUGAAACUGCGAACCAGGAAUCUGGUUGAUCCAUCGAACUAUCCACACUUCACACUUCUCUGCCAGUCUUUGGGCUCCAUAGUUCUUGGAUUGGAAGCACUCGUGAGGCUCAGGCCAGUCUUGUUCUUCGACACAAGCGGCUAUGCCUUCACUUAUCCCCUCGCAAGGCUCUUUGGCUGCAAGGUGGCGUGCUACACUCACUACCCGACCAUCAGCUCCGACAUGGUGUCGCGAGUUUCCAAUCGCUCGUCGCUCUACAACAACAGUGGAGUUAUCGCGCGCAGCUUUUUGUUAUCAACUGGGAAGAUUGUUUACUACGAAUUGAUGGCCUUGAUGUAUGGACUAGCAGGGAGAUGUGCUAAUCUGGCGAUGGUGAACUCGUCCUGGACACUAUCCCACAUAGAGAAGUUGUGGAAGGGAGCACGGAUUGUGCGAGUUUAUCCUCCGUGCAACACCGAGUCAUUGCAGGAACUUCCGCUGGAGAGGAGCGAGCGUGAGCUUUAUUUCAUAUCGGUCGCCCAGUUCCGUCCAGAGAAGAACCACGACCUUCAAGUGGAAGCUUUCGCUAUGGCCCUCGAGAAAGUUAGUGCUGAGAAACGUCCCAGGCUCAAGCUUGUGGGAAGCUGCCGAAAUGAAGAGGACGCGAAGAGGCUGUCGGAUCUAAAGUCUCUGUGCGCCAAGUUUGGAAUCCAAGAUCACGUGGACUUCCAUGAGAAUAUAUCUUACACCGCGUUGCGAGACUUGCUUGGAGGGGCCAUAGCAGGCAUCCACUUCAUGAUCGACGAGCACUUCGGGAUCAGCGUUGUGGAAUACAUGGCAGCAGGAGCGAUCCCAAUCGCUCACAACUCCGCCGGUCCAAGGAUGGAUAUUGUGGUGGACGAAGAUGGCGGCCAGAAAACCGGUUUCCUCGCAGCAACAGUCCCGGAGCUCGCGAGCAAAAUGGUCGAAGUGCUCUCCAUGGUAAGCUCAGAGCGCCUGGAAAUCGCCAAGGCUGCUCGGAGGCGAUGCCACAGAUUUUCCGAGAGGCAAUUCAACGACAGCUUCAAGCAAGCCAUGACGAUGUUCCAUCUCUAGAGAAGCGCAGCUUGGCAGAGGAGAGGAUUGGAAAAACAUUGCAUUACCAAAACUUACGAACGAGAAAAAGGAAAACUUAACAAGAGGUACCUCUUGUGUUCCUGGACUA